AUGACAAAUAUCCUUGCUCGUUUAGUAGAGCAACAAGGUCAAGCCCCUGUGAAUCAACCUAGGGAUCCUAAAAUGGGACAAGAUAUAGCCCUAGAGGGAUUCCAAAAGUUUUCUCCUCCUAAGUUCCUAGGAGAACUGGACCCUGAGGUAGCGGAGAGAUGGUUAGAAACCAUGAUCAACAUAUUCGCCGCUUUAAACUAUGCAGAAGAAAGGCUGGUGCAAUUUGUUAUUUUUCAGUUUGAGGGUCCAGCCAGGGCUUGGUGGAAUGUAAUCAGAGCUAAAUGGGAGAGAGAGGAAACCGCAUGGACUUGGUUGAAUUUCGUGCGGGAGUUUAACAAAAAAUAUCUUCCACCGAUAGUCCAGGAGAAAAGGAAAGAUGAUUUUAUUAAGUUUCGUCAGGGAACCCUAAGUGUAUCUGAGUACGAGACUCAGUUCGCUAAACUAUCGAAGUUUGCUCCCGAAUUGAUAGUUACGGAGCAAAGGAGGGUUAGGAGGUUUGUACAGGGAAUCAAUGUGAAAAUACAGGAGGCCUUGGCGGCUGAGCAAAUUAAUACUUUCACUGAGGUUUUUGAGAAAGUCCAGAGGAUAGAAAUUGCUAGGGCAAAAGUAAAGGCUUUUCAUACAAAAAGGAGGGGUGCACCUGCUGGAGGUCAGGAGCAGUUAUAUGGUGAUCUAGGUAGGCCAACCUCUUAG